UACUUUAAAUCAUCUGUGCGGAUAGUACUUUAGGUUUAAGUAUGUGUAAAGUUGUUUUUAACAAAACUCUUGUUGUUGGAAAAACAGCUUGGUUGAGAUUGGAGACUUUAACUUAUCUAAAUUCUAAAGGUGGAGAAAGCAAGUGGGAUAGAGCCGUGAGAACGACUAAAAAUGAAGAAAAUAAGUUGGAUGCAGUUUUAAUUCUGGGCACUUUGAAGAAGAAUGCUUCCUCAGGCCAAGCUAAUUUACAAGAGGAGGAAAGAGUUUUGCUUGUUAAACAGUUCAGGCCUGCUGUUGACGCUUACACUCUGGAACUCCCUGCCGGAUUAGUUGAUGAGGGUGAAACAAAAGAAGAAGCUGCACUUAGAGAGUUAAAGGAAGAGUGUGGUUAUUCGGGUCAUUUAGCAAACGAAAUUUCCGAUUUCGUUCCUCUGUUAACAUCAUCUCCAGGUUUGACGAAUGAGAGUUUAAGUCUUGUAGCAGUAGAUAUUGAUCUUAACAGUAAGGAAAAUCAGCUUCCUAAGCAAGCCCUUCAAGGAGAAGAGACCUGCACCGUCCUAAAAGUUUCAAAAUUUGAUUUGAUGGACGAAAUAAAUCGGCUUGUAAAGGAAGCAGAAUCGAAAAAUCAAAAUUUAAAAGUUCACUCCUUUCUAUGGGCACUCGCUUACGGAAUUAAAGUAGGCUCCUCGAAAAUAUAAAAAACGUACAACAAUAAAAGGACAUAUUAAAAGUUUUAGUUUAUUUGCAACUUUAAACCAACGUAUUUAAGAAACUUCAAAAGUGAGACGAGC